AUGAACUUGUUCGUUUUGUUAGGAAACCCCGUAUACCGCCGCUGGUUUCUAGAUGGCAGUGAUCCAGAUGUGAGGUUAGUGGGGUUAUAUGUAUCUAGUUUGUUUAAUGUUGGGGGCGGGGAGGGGCGGGGGGAAUGGGGUUUGGCUUUUUAUGCCUUACCCCUACUGUCGGAUUUCCAAAUAUUUUAUACGACAACGUCUUCACUUCUUAGCUCUCUCGAACUCUUUAAUUUUUUUUUAGAUUGACCAUUCUCUUUUUAAAAAAUAGUGGCUUCAACGUUAAUAUGACAGGUAAUUCUUUUAUUCACAGCUAGAUUCUAUUCACUGGUUUUUGUGAUCUUACAGGUAUUUUGGUACCGUUAACCAUACUAAAGGCUGGUGUCCUGGAAGCAAAGCGGCGACUUUCAAUCAGAAUGGUUCCUAUGCUACUGUGCCCAACAUUAACAUAACAACCUGUGACUUUACGAUUGCUUUUUGGGUAAAGUAUAUUGGUGUUGACGGGCCUAUACUGGCACUUUGGUCAAAGGGUGGAAAACUAUUUUUCGUUACGGUCAAGAAUUUCCGACUCAUUUUAUCGAUACACAACACUUUCCACUUACCAAUCAAUUACUGGAAUCACGUAGCAGUAACCUGUCAGCUGCAUAUGAUCAAGGUGUUCUUUAAUGGUACGGAAGAGGCAUUAAUGGACGAAUGGAAUGAGUAUUUCUUCUCAUCGUUUGGCCGUUAUCAAUCACAGUACAUCAUAGGGAAUGCUCCAGGUUUAGUCCAGAUGCCAAUGGCAAAUGGGGUGUUUGUUGGAGCAGUCAUGGAUCUUUAUGUGACUGGAAUGGCUUUAUCUGCGAAGCAGGUCUCUGACCUGAGUAAAGGUGAGAGUAGUAUCUAUUCGAGGGUAAAUCGUAUUGUUCGACUCCAGUCUCAAGUCCUUAAUCGAGUUCAGUUGGAUGUAAAAAAUUGAACGUUUUUUUUUUUACAGUUAUGGUUUACCCUUUCAAAGAUUGCGCUAGCAUAAUUUUUUUUUUUUGCACAAUUCGUCAUCAAUUUUCCAAACACUAUUAUAGUAAUUUGCACUUUGAUUAUUUACUUAUUUACCAGCUUUGCCGGACACAGGCCUGCAGAGGGAAUGUGCACGAACGGGACUCAGGUCCCAUGCAAGGUGCCAUCCCUGCCCAAUCCCACAACCCGUAAAGGUUGGCCACACCAUCGGGGUAUACGACCCCUACUCUUUUCGAAUAGUGAUGUGGGUUCUUUUACGUCCCACAAGAACAAAUCAGUGAAAGUGCUGUGAGACGGGACCUACGUUUUUUCGUCCUUAUCCGAGAAGACUAGAAAGUCUAACCAUUUGCAGAUGUCAUUACAAAGGCAGCACUUUCUUCUCAGUUUUUUAACGACCCUGAGUGUUGGUCCGGCCGGGGUUUGAACCCGCGACCUACCGCUCGGCAGACCGGCGCUCUCCCAACUGAGCUAACCAGGCGGCUGUAGUUUUACAGCAAAAAAAUUGAUCAUGUCAGUUACCAAUUCUUUUUGGCCCGAGAGCAGAAUUGCAGGCAAAUUUUAGUAACAAAAACCAAUUUUUUUGUCUACUUUUUGUCAUCUAAGUCCAGCAGAACUCUUUUUACAGAACGCAACGCAUGAGCAUAAUUAGCUGGGUUACUUAACCCUAUUCAGACUAGGCUUUUUUGGUCAAUCUGUGACUGGGGGGGGGGGGAGGGCUCCUCGGACCCCCCCUCUGUAUCUCUGGAACAAAUAAUGCUAGGGUCAUGAAAUUUACACACAAUGAUCAUCUCCGUACAAAGAAGCCCCACACCCAGUUUUGACUUGCCACGCCCAAUGAUGACGUCACAGUGACGUCAUAUUCCGAUUUUUUAAUGUUUCUUAUUAUUUUUCCACUUAGAUACGUAAAAUAUCAAUAAUAUUGGUAAAGUCAUCUCUUUGUUAUCCUUUCUUAUGAACUAGUAACAAGGAAACACUUGUACAGCGAGAAAAAGCAAUAGGAAGUAAUAAAAUUUAAAAUUUGAAAUGGUUGUCCGCCAUCUUGGAUCCGCCAUCUUGGAUUUCCGUUUUUUUUGUUAAAAUUAUAAUUUAAAGCAACUUUCAAAGGGGAAAAAGCUCAGAAUGUAUAAAAGAAGUAUCAAACUAAUGUUUAUUACCCAAACAAAUGACUUUGGAAGUGUUAUUUGGAAAAUAGAGCAGCAUAUUUGUCAAAGCAAAAAAGUGACAAAUUUUACCCCACCCCUCCCCCCCAAAUAUUCGAUGUUGAAACAUUUUGAUGUGAUUCAAAAACUAGUCCCAAGCAAAGACCAUUUUAACAACAAAAAGCAAUAUAAGUGUAAAAACGCGAUCUUAAAACAAAAAAAUCACCAGUUUUUAAAUUUUCCAAAACCUAUGUGUCAGAAACUGGUUGCCAUGGCAACAUGAUUAAUCAUAUGGACAUGGUAAAUGCAUCAAAAUGUUCCUAGAUAAAUUUUAGGAAAAGUCAGAAAAUUUGAACGUCAUAGCUCUUUCGAUGUAGGAGUUAUCACGAUUUUGCCGGAGGGGGCGUUCGAAAAGCGCCCCCCCAGUCUGAAUAGGGUUAAGAUGGCGUUCACGAGCUGGUUGUUAAUUGUUUGAGUUUUAAUAGUUGUUAGACAGUUUUGUAGGUUUAGUGGUGUACCAUUCUACAUUUAUCUUUCACUGCAAACACGUCAGUGGAAAUAACUAAAUAAUCGUAGUAUUUUUCUCUUGGUAAUUAAAGGCAAACCAAUUGCACCCGUGAUAAACAUCGAAGACUCGGAAAUACAUGAUUGCAAAGUCAAUGUAACGUGGAGUAGAAAGGAAAUAUGCACCAUAACGAAGAUCACUGUACGCUUCAGGGAGAUAAAGCCACUAGGCAUUGAAGCUGAAUGGACAGAACAUAAGGUUCGUUCAACCACCUUCCAUCUUUUAUCUCUGGAAUGCGACAAGGGGUACGAAAUUGGAGUGUCUUCCUGGUUUGGAGAUGUUGAAGGCGACUGGUCAGUUUCUUGGAAAGUUAAAACCCGCUCUACAGGUGCGAUAUUACCUUAUGUACACUGUAUGUCUAAUAGCUGAGGGAGAUUUGGUAUUUACACUUAACCAUAACCAAUCAAACCUCUGCGAACGCCCAUAAACUGUACACCUUAGAGAAGCGGGCAACCCCCUUCUGCUCCCUCAAAAGCCACGUAGACAGUAAAACAAAUCACGACGGAAUUAACCACAUGAAAGUCUUAAGAUGUUUCAAGAACAACGAUAAAAGUAAACAGAUGAGCCUCCGCAAAUGGGGAGCUAAAGCUAAAUAUAAUUUUUAUACUUUUAGCGAUAGUUCUCCUUCAAAUAGCCUGUCAUGACGUAUGUUUACAUUUUUCAUGACCAUCUCGACUUUUGGGCCUCAGUUGGCAAAUUGGCGAUGAAGCCAGCAAAAGUAUAACAAUUUCUUCAAUCGAAACCACUUUCACUGAAAGAGAUAAAAAAGGUUUUUAGAAACUUUUUUUUUAUCAUCAUUGAGAAAGAGGUUAUAGUGGAUACGUCAAUCUUCAGGGGAAAUGAUUAAUAUAGGAGACUAUUAAUCCUGUUAAAUUUCAGAAAAAUAUCCGGGAUGGUAAAAUUUUGUUUGUUCGUUUCAAAGUUAUGAAUGAUCAAAGUCAGCCCGGGUGCUUUGAUGAGGAGUGCCCCGGGAGCUUCAGCAGCCACGGCUGCGACAGUGACGAAAACGUCACUUAAAAACCGAACACACGCUAUUUCAAACUUUAUCGCUCUUAUAAUUACCUCCAUCAAGUUGUCCAAUGUUGGCCAAUAUUCAUACGGGCUAAAUUCUAAAGAAUUGUGUAGGAGUUUAGAAAAGAAAAUCGCUAUCAUGUGUUCAAAUCCUCGAUACACGUAAAAAUUGGCAGUUUCAAGCCGUGGUCGUAUAAUGACGGCAAAGAACUGGGAUGCUAAAACAGGGAACAGAGAGCAGGGAACGAGCAAGGGAAACAAACAGACAAUUGGAAAUGAAACUACUGAGAGGGCUGGGAGUGGGCUAGGGCUGAAGUUAGGACUUGUUCCCAUUUUUCAUUUUCCCGUUCUCCGUGCUCGUUCACCGUUUUUAAUUAUAGUAACAUCCCAAAGAACUGUAUAAAUAAGCGCAGAAACUCGUAAGGGGUUGAAACGUGUAACCCGCGUUCAAUGCUCGUGAAUAUUCACUUUUGCCAUAUUUGGAAACCUUAGUGACAGAUAUCCAUUUUCAACACAAUGGCUGCCGCGCGAUCACCAUGCAGAUGUUUUAAGACAAGUGUUAUGCAUUUCAGGCUUAAAAAUACACCGUUAAAAGACAAAAAAAUGGAAAGAGAAAGUUCAAAAGAAUGCUCAGCGUUCUUUUUGUGGAGGAAGGGAUGCUUUUCAUCAAGAAAUCGUCCUUCGAGGAAUUCAACCUUGUUUUCUUCACGACGGAUGUCUGGUCUGUUUUGAAACGCAUGCAAGGCAGUGAAGUUUUUGCUGAAUUUUCAGGUACAUUUUGCACUCUAUGGCCAAGACAAUUACGUUCUUGAAAGGGAAUUUAUGUAUUUUUAAAUGUUUCAUAGACGUUUUAUAAAUUUUUCUCUUCGGCGCUAAACAAAAAUUACAAAAUGUUCCCCGAUUUGAGAUGGAUUUUGUGUUGAAUUUUGCCAUGUUCUCAGCCGAUUUCACUUGUGUGAACGGAUCCACGAUCGAGAUACUGUUUUCAGAAUUGCUUUAAAGGAUUAACUUUUUGGAUUUUGAAUAAAGAUUUUCAAGAAACGGCUUCUCUGUCUAUUGUUUUGAGUUUUUUCUUUCGAUCAUAAAAUUAGCUCAAAACACGAUCGUGACUACAACAUCCAAGCUGAAUUUAAGCUUAAAUGCUUCUCACAUUCAUUACACGCAUCACUUUUUGCGAAGAUGUCAGGUUCAGGUUUUGGACACUUUUCGAUAUGCAGCUAAUCAAUUUUAUUCGAAAAUAUUUUUUACUGUUUAUUCUAGACUUUUAAAAGCCUAUUUGCAUUAUAAGUUUACUGUGCAGAGGGUCAACGAGGCAUCGUUUUUUGAAGUGACAACUUCAAGAAGUUGUGAGGACGUCAAAGGGUUUCAUAAUGUUACGUUUGGCCCGGGUGGUAAGGCAACAAUAUCCUGCUCAGUGUUUCGGUAAGAUUCCUGGUUUCAACCUUUGAAAGCUUCCUCGGCUUUCAGGAGUUUUUGCCCCGUUUGUUGGCCAUUUUUUUAAGCGGGAGCGGGAACCUGAAGUAAAACUACGUCACGUUGUUUACGAAGUUUGAUUGGUCAGUUAUUUCUUCUUCUCGUUCCAAAUAUGGUACUUUCGAAAAUGAAUAAUCACGAGCAUCGGACAAAGCAAACAUCUGAGAGUUACACGUUUCAACCCCUUAUGAGUUUCUGAUAAGCGUGUUGCAAAGUUGUCGUUCUGCUAAAUACGUAUUACGGCUGACAAACCAGCGUUCGUGCCCCUCUCGUUGCCUCCGCCAUUAUUCUUGUUAUUAUAAUAGCUGUAAUUCGUCCGAUUUAUGCUCCCGAAGCGUUAUUAGAAAUAAUGAACAAAGCAAUAAUAAUAAUAAUAAUAAAAGAUUAUACGCGAUUCUAUUACAUGGACUAAUACCCGGAUUUUUGAAAACCGGGUUAGCAAAAAUAUCAACUCAUUCUACUACUUGGCAAUUUAAAACAACAAAACUCACUCAAAGGUCGAUUAAAAGCCUUUAUAUGACGCCGGGCAGAACGUUAAUGGUCCCUAGCAGCAUUCCAACUAGUCUCCCUUGCAGCCGUUUUUUGGAUGUCACGCAAAGCUCCCCCAAAAGAACGGCUGCUGACAUCCGAACUACAUUCCUUUCUCAUUGUCCUUGCGGUGUGUUUGCGGUCCAUUGAACAGACCAAUCACAUACCAGAAAAUCUGAAUGACGUAAGGUUUCGCGCUACAUCCGCACACAUUUUAAACCUACAGAGACUUUUCCUGUAACCCUCACGGGGUCAGAAAAGGUCUCAUAAGGGCGAAGCCCUUAGACUUCUGAGAGCUAACUCCUCAGCUAAUUAAAUCCUUCUAUGAGAACAGCUAAAACUUCAAAAAACGCAUUCGCGCUAGUGGUUACCGUCACAAUCUCAUAGAAAAAUCACCUCUGAGGUUACAUUUACCGAUCGGAAGUCAGCUUUACAAAAGAACAAUGAAGUGCGAAAGAAAAUUCUGCCUUUCGUUACCACGUACCACCCUGCUUUGCCGAACCUUAAAAACAUUUUAAUGAGCAAAUGGCACUUAAUUCCAGAUCAACCACAAUAGAAAUAUACAACGAUCGUCCCAUCAUUUCAUAUAAAAGAACAAAAUCGCUGGGAGAUAUCCUCGUUAGAGCAGAACUAUAAGGUCACGUAUCACACCGUGAUCACGAGCUUAUGAGUCGUGUUUUACCUGUCAACACCUUCCACAAAAACAUCUUCCUUCUCGACGAAAACGUUUCUAAUUGCAAACUUCUGGUAAGCAUUAAGCUCGGAAAUUUUGAACUUUGACGACGCUUUGCGAAAAGCUUCUUCAAGCGAAGCCAUUUGUCUUGGGUUGCUUGUGAUACUUUUCCACAUGAGGAUCGCGAUAAAAAACGAUAUGUGAUUGGACGAGUCUCAAACGGUGAGUCUGGCACGAAAAGGUUCCUAAAAAUGGGGGAGCGUUGCGUGACAUCCAAAAGGGCUGCGAGGGAGACUACAUUUCAACGAGUCCAAAUCUAAAAUGACGCAAAUUAAAUUUUAAAUUCGCGAAGUUUCAAACCAGUGUCAUUUCAGUCUAGAAAUUUUUAAGUUGAGUGAGCUGCAACGAAAGAAUGCCAGGUUAAGGCUUACAUAACAACUUAAAUAGUUAGCAAAACACUCCUUUUUCCGCGGCCAUUAAUAUUGUUUCGUCAGUGUUUAGCUUAGCUGAUUGCACCUUGGAAAAGCAACUCUCGACUCAGGAAAAAUGGAUCUAGGUUUAGUUUCAGCGGGCUCUAAUGGCAUUGCACCAUAGGCCGGUUUUUGCAGAUAAGAAGGUGAUAAUUUGUGCACUGUGUUUCAUUCAGUUUGUUGUCUAUUCCAUGCGGAAUCCUGUUCUUUAUAAGAGGCACAGAAUAUUUUGGCGAAACCGCAGUUCAACCACGCGAUCACAUACCUGUCAACACCAUGCGGAAAUCACACAAUCACACACUUUCGCGGCGCUGAUAAGACUAUCCCCAACCACGCAUAAUAUUCUAACGUUUAACAUAAGCGAAAUAUCAUCGCAUAACUCGAAAAAACUCAGCCUAUUGCCAGAUAAACACCUCUGGACGUUUCUCUUACACUCGUCUCUCGUUCCCGGAUGUAGAGUCGUACGGAGUCUUGGCCCGGGUCAAAGUUCACCUGCAAUUUUGCUCUCACCUAAUUCAUUUGAAUCCUAAGAGCCUGUUCCCGAGGCCAAAGACUUAGUGGUCACCUUAGAAAAGCGAAUAAUAUCGUAUCUCUCUGUCUCAGCCCGGAUCGGGGUGAUUGAUCUGUUUAGCCAAAUGAAACGAGAAUACAAUGCGAAAUUGGACGACUCAGACUCUGCGAAUUGUAAUAACUUUGUCCCAUCUCAGAGCUUUAAAUGAUGCUCUCCGGGAAACGUUUCUCAAGGUGACCAAUCUAUAAAACUGAACUACUACACGGCACCGAAACCAGCUUUAGGCGUCCGCUGAUUUCAAACUGAUAACUGUCACUUGUGUUAAAAAGGAAUUGUGGGCAGGGAAAAAAGUAGGGGGGGGGGGAGUAAGUUAGUAAUUAUGUUUACAUCCACUUCUACACAAAUCCCUAACCACAAGACAAGCCAAAAAAAUACGUCAUAAGCAAACAACACAGUAAACAAGCUAUUAGACAGGGGAAGUUGAGAAAAAUUACAAAAUGUUUGCUAACCCGGUUUCCAUAACUCCAGGUAGACUUGUUUUCCAGAACAAGGUUAAUCGAACAAAUCCUAAACAGCAGGUGCCCUAACCCCACCGCUCCUUACUGAAUAUAGGUACGGUACAUUCAGGGUAACUAGAGUCAUCCAGAAAUUCCGCUUUUUAUAGCAAAUGCUUACAACUCUCCUCAUACAUCAUAGCAAUCAUGCCGCCAAACAAGUAACUAGUCGAUUAUUUACAUAAGCUUACUUCUUCACACGAUCGUACGAAAUGAUUUGCCGGCACUCACCAAAAGAAUCCACUAGUGCUGACCCGUCAAGUCUUUCACGUAGUUUUCGCUCUAGCUUAUUAUUUUCUUCAGCUUCUUCUUCGUACUUUUUUUAAACCAUUCUUCAACAGCGAAGGGUUCAUCGUCAUAUACCAUGACAGUUUUCAGGCUUUCAAAUUCUGAAAAACGCAGCUAUCCCUUUCAAAGAAGAGCUCCCGUUUCAGCCUCUGGCUGCCCCUUCUAACCUACUCAAAUAAAGUACGUAACUAUGUAUGUAUGUAUGUAUGUAUGUGUGUAUCUACGUAUGUAUGUAUGUAUGUAUGUAUGUAUGUAUGUAUGUAAUGUGUGCAUGUGUGUAUGUAACAUUUACAAUUGCUUGUAUCCCUCAGUGAUCAGCAAGGCUCUUACCAGUAAAAGUGAUCCUACGUCAGGUGGUUUUAUUAGCAAAAAUGAUCCUACAGGAGGCUCCCCUAUCGCUAAAAAUGAUACUGCAAAGAUUGCCUGGAUAAUGCUGGGAGUUUGCGUGGCUCUUUCUGCUUUGGUGGUGGGGAUAAUUGUCUACCGUAAGAGAGCAAAGAGGACUGAUAAACGGUAUUUCAUUCAAAUGUUAUUAUCACUCAAAUUUAGAAUAUUAUGCUUUGAUGCUGAAUUGCUCUAUGAUACAAAUAUAGAUGCGGAAACUGUAGGCGAUAUUAUUUUUACGUAAGUGUCUGGGCAUGUCUAUCUGGUGUCUUACUCACUCCCAAGCCACAAGUGACCUUUCUUACCGGCCAAAGCAGUGUAACUCUUACUAAAUUGUAUCAACUAGGAAGCCGACCCUGAUUUUAGCAUUACCACGAGCCCAUGAUUAAUGACCAGAAAUUUCACUUACAUUUAAUUUGCACUUCGAUCCAGUGAGUCCGACAUAACUGAGCUUAUGUUGCUGGAAGUCCCACCCGAACGGGUUACUACCAUGGAGGAACUGGGAAGAGGUGCUUUUGGAAGAGUUUAUAAGAGCGUGAUGAGGGGGCUACCUGAAAAGAUGACAUCCUCGAAACCCAAGGAUCACAGUUUGGAUUCGCAUGCGGGACGUAUUGUUGCUACAAAAGUUCUACCAGGUGCGUGAAUUCAGAAUGACUUACUUUUUCAGCAGACGUCUCAAUGCUAAACUGAUUUACGGGAGUGACUCUUAACAGGUUUGAAUUAUUUAAUCCGAUAGGUAGCAAAUAUCGUAUUGUGGAAAACAGAAUCUCAAUACCCUAUCAGUAACAGAGUGCUGUACCUCAAGGGUCCAUUUUAGGUCCUUCAUUUUUUCCUGUUUAUAUUAAUGACCUCCCCGAGUGUUUGCAAUUUGCCAAACCGCGGGCCUUCACUAAUUGGACUAUCGGAUAGACGUUUUAUAAUGAAUAAAUCAAUGUAGACACAAGAACCUUCAGUGAGAUCGAGGUCAGUAUAUUGAUAAGGUGUGUUCAAAGGUUAGUCGUGUUAUAAGUGCUCCUUAGCAGGCUCGAGAUUAUGUGUCAUUAAAUGUAUUGAAAGUAUAUAGCGCUUUAAUGUAGCCUUUCUUUGACUACUAUGACGCUGAAUGGGUUAACCUGACUAUAGGGCUAUUGUAGUCAAAAAUUGCAAAACAGUGCAGUCCUCAUAAUUACUUCUCAGCGCUGUGAAACGAUAUAAAAUUAUUAAACCAAACUGUUAGUACAUGCAUUCGUAAUGUGUAGAUUGGUCGUUCCAAUUCUCCUAUGUGGUCUUCUCAAAUACGUUAUUCUCAGUUUUCUGUCAAUUGAGAACUUUCUCUGAUCGUGUGUGGUUGUAAAUGUGACCACAUCACUGCUUUACUUAGAGAAUUACAUUGGCUUCCAUUGGGGCAUCUGUGGCGGAAUUUAAUUUUUUCAAGUCCGAGCUAUAAUCAUCACUUGUUUCAAACUUACAAGCCUGUUAGGAGUUUGCGAUCAUCAACCAUGAACUUGUUAAUGACACCCAGAUCAAAGUUAAAAUUUCAUCGGACGAUCAUGCUUUUUCGUUUUUUGGCCCUAAACUUUAGAAUGAUUCUCCAGAGCACUUACGGUGUAAAAUGUGACCCUAUUUGGGAAAACCAGGCUUAACGAAAACUCCGUUGAACCGUUUUUCCAUUUCAACGCAUUUUGGAAACGUUCGAAUGCAUUGCAGAUCAUUUUCAAUGCAUUUUAAAACAUUGACAACGUUCGCGAACGAAAACGAAAUGCAUUGAAGAUCAUUUUGAAUUCAUUUUGAAUCAUUUGCACCGCGUUUUAAAACGUUCACAAUGCAUUUCAGUUCAGCUGAGUAUCGCAUUGAAAAACAUUCACAAAAGUGCAGACAACCCAACAGAACACAAGAACCUUGAAUACGUCGACGAAAAUCAAUGAACAUGCACUGUGUCCUAAUCGAGCAGCAAAUGCUCUAAAAAAAUAUUGAACUUUAGAAAUCUACUUGAUAUUUACAACUUUUAAAUUUCUGAGAUGUAGAGGCAGCCAAUUUAGUUUUCACCGUGCAAAAUUUAAUUGUUAACUCUAGGCCGUUCACCUUUCGUGUCCGUGGCUUUUUCCACGUUAACCACGAAAACCACUAACAAGCAGCUAACGAGUAACAUGCAGACAUUCAAAGCAUUGUCACGAACAAACGUUUGCGGUCCUUCUCUCCUUUCGGCACUGUUCCCACGUAUUAAAUAAAAAUCCAUCAUAACUUGCUCUCAAACUGAUUGCCAACGAGCCAUCCGAGCGUCGAGGCAUCAGCAGAAUAGAGCCGCGCAAGACUCGGCUGUAGGCAGAAAAAUUCUCGAUCGAGCUUCAAAAAGUGUAACCUCAAGUAAUGAAGAUUCCCCUGAGACCAAGUGGUGUGACAGUUUCAGUCAAUCAAAAGGCGGUAAACUUACUUGGCGCACGUGUGUUCUUUCCUCAGCGGCACGCGAAGACUGAACUUGAAUGUGGUACGCUUUUAUUGUUUGUUCACCUAAAUCUGGCCCAGGCAGUCAAGGAAAAUGAAAACUUGAUGCAUGGUAUUAAUUUAAGGAGCCAUUAAUGUAAGGUGUUAACGAAGAGAAGCUUGUAAAACAACAGUCCAAACAAAGAAAAGUUUUCCAUGUGAAACAAGCAAUUCUCACCACUAAAAAGGAUCAGAUUACACGAGGAGAUAAGAAAAGCUUGAUACGAAGAAUAAAGUCGCUUCUGUUGGAAAAUCUGAUGUUGGGGAAAAAAUCUAACCAGCAAAUGGAAAAAUAAGAAUAAAAAGAAUUACGAGCCAAAAGCGAACGACAAAGCCAAAAAAACAACGCUACUUUUUUCGAAACCUGGCCGAGUUUAUAAUAAAGUGAAAACAAAAUACCGACGUGCCGUACAUCGCAUGUCCUUGAAAACAUUUCAAGCAGCGCAGCGAAUCAUUCUGAAAAAAAAAGGGAACUCGAACGAACACCAGACACAGUGAGUCCACAGAACAAUUUUUGCUUAUUAUCGCUGAAAUUUCGACAUUAUAUAUUUCUGUAGUUCAUUAGGUUGCUUUUUACUAGCUGUGCACAAUUUGUUUGUUGGGGUGGCUAAACGAUCAAACAUUUGUUCGUAACGCGAAAUGUUGGUUGAAAAUAUUUGACCAAGAUCAAACAUGGAAAAGCCACUUAAAUGCGUAUGAGAGGCGGCUAAACGGUCAAAGAUGCUCUUCCAAGACGAUGUUGGAUGAAACUAUUUGAUCGUUUAGCUGGGGCUUAAUCUUUAUGUUGACCGAACGCAGAGUUUAUUUUAUAAAGGUCACGUUGUCACUCCAAAGGUGAAUUUAAUAAUAUUAUUUUCAUUCUGAUUUUACAAUUUUCUAAACAAGCUUUGUGAAGCGUUUCCAGUGCAUUGCUAAUGCAUUGGAAAUCAUUUCAAGAUCAUUCUUGAACAUUUAAAAACAUUGGCGGUGUUUCAUGAAUGAAUUGGGGAACAUUGCAAAUGCGUUGUGCAUCGUUCUCCAGCGUUGUAAUGCAUUCUAAAUGCAUUUGAAAUUCAUUGAAAUGCAUUUGAACGCGGUUUUCGUUAAGCCCGGUUUUCCCAAAUAGGGUCACAAAUGGAGUUUUAAUAUUCGUUCUUCUAAGACCAAUCUUAAAGCUUUAAAAACUUCUAAGCGUAAUUUUUAUUUUGUAGUUCUGUUUAACAAUUUUUCUGCUUUGUUUGUAAUUUAACGAGUUGCUGCUUUCUUGUUGUUUAAGUUUAAAACAUUUACCGUAAAGCGCCUUAGAGCUUGAUGAUGAUAAUGAUGACGAUGACGGUGAGCCGAAAACCCUUCAUGAAACCCAACUACAAAAGCAUACAGGGAUGUCCCUGUCUAUGCAGAGUCAAUGAAAGUGAGCCAGUUAGAUAGAUGGGUUAGGAAUACAAAUGUACACUCAAGGAAAGUCAUAUUACUGGAGAUGAAGUGAUCGUGGGUCGAGAAUAGGGAAGCAAUUAAAGAACACAAAACGUGGCGUCUAGAAUUAAAAGACAAGUUUCCGGAGUAAAAGAUCUUCUAGUAUUACAUCAUGUUACAUGCCGUGCUUGGUGAUUGCUAGAUGAAGAGAACUGACGGAUUUUUUAAGACUUUGUUUUAUCUACGUCACUUAACUUAGGGAACCAUUUUUUUCACAAAUAGAUUUAUCUCAAGCAGAAAUUAGGACCUGAGCUAUUGACUGUGUUUUGUUUCCAUAGGUUAAAUAUACUUUUAUUUUAAUUAGGUCUUUUUUUUCUUUACAUCUGGUUUUAGUUGUUUAGCACUAACUGAUAUCGUGAAGCAUUUACGUAGGUCACUGUUACCCGGAUUUUCUUUAAAUCUUUUGUUUUUUAGAAAAUGCCGCGGAGGAGGACAAACGGCAAUUAGUUCGGGAAAUUGAGCUGAUGAAGGAAAUCGGCACACACCGUAAUAUUGUGAGCAUGCUCGGCUACUGGAUCCAAUCACCUCCCAUUAUGUUAAUCAUGGAAUAUGUUCCAAACGGAGAUCUUCUUCAGUGGCUCAGAAUCAAAAGGCGACAGGUAUCAUUAAUUUAACAGCUGUAUCAAUAAAAAUUUGCUGCCCUCUUUUUUUGCCUUUUGUUUAAAAAAUACCUGCUUGCCAUUUGCAAUAGCGCUGCGCACAGGUAUUAUUUAUAGAACUCAAACUCAGACGAACAAAUUCCUCACUUUUGUUUGUUUUUUGUCAUUAAAAUGUCAAACUUGUCCGACUUUUGUCAUGAAAAUAACAAAAAUGCCAGAUAUCAGACAAACAUUGCAAAUUAGUCACUCUGACGUCAUUGUAUUCUGUGCUGUACUUUAAUUUUCUAAAUGAACAUCCUGCUGCGUGUGUAUGUUCUUCUUCUUACAUUGUGUGGUCUCUUAGGGCACAUCUAAAAAGCCUUGUCUUCAGUAAAAAAUAAUAAGAUGCUAAACAACUCGAUGUGAACUUUUAUACAUGUUACCUAUGACUUAAGUUCUCAAAGACAGAGGUGCACUUAAAAAUGUAGAUCAAUGCAACCUGAUAUUCGUAUUUUUGCAAACGCAGUUUAUAUCUGCAGCCAGAUCUUCUGUUUAGAUGCUAUUCAUUUAUUCGGAAAACAAAGAUCGGUAAAUACACAAAAAUUUGUGUUCAACACUGAGUUAAUUAAGUCAAGUUUGCCCCGGUAGGAACAGUUAAGGUUUCCGGGAAACUGCCCACCUAUCGCUUCCCUAAGAGACAUUUUGCCCUAAGUGAGAAGGUAGUGUUAAUGUUGUUUUAGGGGAAGGGUAGGUGGUCAGAAGAGAAAAAAAUAACCUUGACGUUUUGAGCGUUUCGCCCCAGGGUGUACUCCAGCCCGAUAGGAUGCGGAUCUCCAUCCUUAAAUAUGGUAUCCUUGUUGCCCUUAUAUUAAUGGCGCAGUGUUGCCGAUGUGAUCUUUAGAUAAGGUACCGUUAUUCUAUCAGGUAAAUUCACGUUCGUUAAUGCCCUACACACGAGAAGCAAAUCAUAGAUCUGUUAAAACUGAAUUUUUCUUUAGAACUGAUUAGGAGCACGAUUUAAGGAAGUUUUUAUCUGUUUCCAUUAAUUCUUAGGUUUUGUUUUUCCCUUGAACUUGGCCUCAUUUUCCAUGUUUGGGUGUUCAAUAAGAUAUUGGUUUUCGCUUGUCUCAACUAUUCGAAUUUUUUAGAGUACUCCCUCCCUCCACCCCCCCCCCCCAGGUGGGCGUUAACCUUUUCUGGUCAGAACGAAUCACGGGAUUACUAAUGGCAGGGCUACGCUAUUGCUUGAACGUGGUAACAAGACAAGAAUAGUUUAUUUCAACGAACGCUUUUCUUUCUGGUAACUUACUUAAUUUUUUCUCAUUUUCCCAUGUAUUCACCGUAGUUGAGCUCCGCCAUUUGAUAAACCGUCCUUGAUUAGAGCUUCCAAACGUCUUCCACUUAAAAAGCCCGUCAGCUUUUCGAUCCGCGGUCUUUCAAUGGUGACUAGACGAGUUAUUCAAAUCAGCCGAUAACACCAGAGUUUUGUUUUUCACCCUCCGACCGACGUAGUAGAAAAGUUAUUUUCUAAGGUGGCUCGAUACAGUUUUUCAGGGUCAAUAUCUCCCAAGUUUGAGCAUAAACUACGUCGCCAUAAACAAAGAUUUGGAAAAUUGCCACCACAGUUGUAUUAGAUAAAGAUGAAAAUUUGUUAUGAUCAAGGUUGCAAUGACAUCGGAGUUGUCAUAGCAACGAAAUGACGCUAUUACCUAAUUCACUUGCAGCAGUAUUUCUCGGCACUGGGAACUGUUCUUCCAAAAUCGUUUGCUGGAGCUUUUUUCUUCAAUAGCCGCCUCGAUGUUCGUGAAGUUUAAGCGAAAUCUGUAAGAGCGUUAUCGAGAUAUUUUAGGAUAAAGUUUUUAUGGUUAGAAAAGCGUUAAAAAAAUGGACAAUCUUAAUAUUAAGCUGUUAUCGGUAGAAAACGAAGCGCUUUUGACAUGCAAUUUCACCUCAUUGUAGUUUCAAUCCUUUCAAAAACGUGUGUGACAGAUAAUGGAGCCGAUUGCUAGAAAGAAGGGUUUUAUUAGUAUGCACCGAAGUGCUCUUGUUAGCGGUUUUGUAAACAUUUUGGUCUUCUUUAACAAAUUAGCGAAUAGUUUUUAAACCGCUAGAUAGAUUUUUUGAAAAUUCAAUAUUCUUGAGAUUAACCUUCCGUUUAUAUGCCCUUGUAGUUUCAAGAUUAUUGAUACAUUGUAAGGCAGUAAAAUAAGAGCUACAAUUCGUUAAUUUUUUGUCGGAAGUUUCGUUAUUACAAUUAAGUAAAAGCCUCUCAUUAUUCAAGGUAUUGUCUCCAAGUUUUAUUUUCACGUGAACAGCAGUAACUAACAAUGCAUUUAAAAUAUGCAACUUAGUUAAAGAAGACGAAAAUGUUUACAAACAGCUAACAAGAGCGCGUCGAUACAUAUACUAUAGUAAUCAAAUCCUUCUUUCUAGCAAUCGGCUGGAGCUAUCUCUAUGAUCUGUCACCCACGUUUUUAAAAGGAUUGAAACUACAAUGAGGUGAAAUUGCAUGUCAAAAGCGCUUCGUUUUCUACAGAUAACAGCUGAAUAUUAAGAUUGUCCAUUUUUUACCGCAUUUCUAACCAUAAAAACUUUAUCCCAAAAUAUCUCGAUAACGCUCUUACAGAUUUCGCUUAAACUUCACGAACAUCGAGGCGGCUAUUGAAGAAAAAAGCUCCCGCAAACGAUUUUGGAAGAACAGUUCCCAGUGCCGAGAAAUACUGCUGCAAGUGAAAUAGGUAAUAGCGUCAUUUCGUUGCUAUGACAACUCCGAUGUCAUUGCAACCUUGAUCAUAACAAAUUUUCAUCUUUAUCUAAUACAACUGUGGUGGCAAUUUUUCCAAAUCUUUGUUUAUGGCGACGUAGUUUAUGUUCAAACUUGGGAGAUAUUGACCCUGAAAAACUGUAUCGAGCCACCUUAAAAAGCCCAUUAUAAUAUUUUGGUGUAGAUAAUAAUUGGCCGUCCUGAAGCCCUGUACGAGACAUGACGUCACAAGGUCAAACCAAAUAUCAAGAAACACUUGUCGCGUUUUUGAGACUGUGUAUCUUAAAAUGUCAUAGAAAAUUGUAACAAAGCAGAAGAAAUGCUUAGUUUCUAUUGCAGUUUAAUCCAUUUGAAUUUUCCGUGGUCUAUGUAGAGAAGGGGGCCCACAAGGUAUUCCCAGGUAGAUUUUCAGUUAAACGUCGGUUAAGUAAUCUUUCAAUUCUUAGAGAUUCCUUUUAAAUGGGCAAAAAUAUUUCGGCUAACCAACUGAUGGUGUUGAAGUUGUUUCUGAUGAAAAAAAAACGGUUUCAUAACCAAACGGAAUUCAUUUCAGUAUUUUUUUUGCAGCUUACAAUGAAAAAGAAUCGUCAAAGUGAUGUCGUUGAAAGGCUCAAGCUUCCUGUUCCUGAGAGGCCGAAUUUAGUGUCCAGGGACCUGCAAGCAACAGAUGUCCUGGAUGAAAACCUGAAAGAGGAGAACAGGGAAAGAAGUAAGGAAGAAAGUGGAAAAGAAGGUGUUUAUCAUUCCAGCAAGGCGAAGGAAAUUAAAAUCGACCUGGACGACGAUGAAAGAGGAGUUCUAAUCAACGAAGCGCCUAAAUCUGAGAUGGAACCUCCUUGCUCAAACCUGGGUUACGAAGAUGACAAGCAGGAAGAAGAAAGCGACGAUGUCAACCCGUCACGUGCACAAAGCGAAGGGAAAAAGGGGCCGGUUGCGUCGGUGAUGGUGUUACCUUCGAUCAAUAUUGCCCAUUUCUUUAAAGAAAAAGAGCUCACUCCUGCUGAGCCUUUAAGAAACGCCGAAGAAAAUAUCACCAUCGAGAAAGAAGAAGGCAGCUGUGAGGGCAAGGAAGAUGACGAAGAAGGAAUUUCUGGAAAAGAAGUUCUAUGUUAUGCAUGGCAGAUUGCUAAGGGGAUGGUAAGAACUUUUUCGACUGAAGAAUGCCUUAAGCAAUUUAGUCAUCGUUUGCGAAUCACAAAAAUCUCCCCCUUUCCUGUAUCAUGUUUAAAAUACUGCAUCACUAGUUUUUCUGUGUGUACAAGUAUAUGCUACCUGGUCAUUAGACCGCAGAUUUUUCAAGCAUUCAAAUUGCUGCGUUAAUUAUAAAAGCUAUUGAUUAUGGUUAACUACUUGAUCUUGCUGAAUUUUUCGGGAAACAUAACACGUGUAAAAUUGAGCCGUUUGAUUUUAAAAAAGGCCAAAAAACGAUUUGUUUUAUAGCCCGAGAGGCCUAAAAAUCACAUGGAGCCGUUUGUGAAGGUACCUAUUGAAAUUAAAUCAGGUCUGUUCAUAGUUUCGAAAAGGUGUCUUAUGAAUGUAGUCAUAUGACCGGAAUAAGACUUAACUAUUAGUUAUUUUAUUUGCAUUGUACAACGAAGCUUAACAUUCAUGCCGGAACAGGAAAUAAAGGGGGGAGAAAUGAGCAAAAGCUGAGGAAAGAAAAAGCAACGAUUAAUUUUUUUUGGGGGGGGGGGGACUGGAUGAGCAGCAAGGACAAGAUAAAUACUACCGUAAUCGGAAUAAUGGAAAGCACAAUAAACGGUCUGCAAGUGGAACUGAUGGCUGAAGGGAUUGCUUUUCGUAAACGGCCACCAUGAUGGUUCAAUUGAUAUAUCUGAUGGCUCAGCUGUAACUUUAUUUUUCAGGCAAUAUUCAUCCCUUCGAGUUAUCGAGGGUAAAAUUGUAUAAAAGUGAUCUGAAGAAAAACAAAAAUUACUUCGAGUUAGCGGGAGUUUCGAGUUAUUGAGGGUUCGGGUUACUGAUCAAGGGUAAUAUUACAGUAAUUGUAAGAAGGAAACCCUAGGGGAAAUCGAUUUUGGUUCGAGUUAGCGCAAGAUUCGAGUUAGCGAGGGUUCGAGUCGACUGUAGCUAGUUCACUUAGCUUGUUUAACUUUGACGGCUUUUUGUGCUGAAAGGUAUACGUCGCGAGGAUUACUUAGCCAAUUACUUAAUUUGUUCCUUCGUUUUCCAACAACUGUAACGGAAAUCCUCCCUCCAUUCUUCAAGAAUAAUUGAAAUAUGCGCGACAGUGUCAAAGGCACAUGACCGACGAUCACUUCCUCCCGCUUUCCAGACCGUUUGGCCGGCGCAGCUUGCAGUGUCCUCAGAUAGUAGAGAUGUCGCGUAAGUGUAAGGCACACAAAAAUAUGAGCGCGUGAUCUAGGAAAAAAGGGCGGUGGAGGGCUAUCUUUGAGCCUGAAACAGGCGUUUCAUUGCACUUUGUUGAUUUUCCGCCAAAUCGUUAAAUCGGGAGUUCGUUUACAACGAUAUCCCGAUUAAAUGAUAUGAUUUUGCUAUCCCCGUAAAAUCGGGCUUCUGUAGUUCUACUUUCAUUUGACCUAUCAAAUAGAAAUUUGUGUUGAUCUAUUUCUCUGCCAGGAAUACUUGGCCAGCAAAGGAUUCAUUCAUCGUGAUCUGGCAGCCCGUAAUAUCCUACUUGGUGAAGACAGAGCGGUAAAGAUUGCUGAUUUCGGUUUGUUACGCCACGCAAAUGAGAGUGAGAUUUACGAAGUGACGAGCGUAAACAAGCUACCAAUGAAAUGGAUGGCUCCUGGAACGUUGGAAAGCGGCAUUUUUACAUUCAAGACUGACGUGUAAGUUUAUGUUAAUGCGGUCACUGUUAGGUCAAGCCUGGGUUACAUGUGAUGCUGUGUGACUUUGUAGUUUGCCAGUGCAUUGAGGUUCUUGACAUCAUAGACCCUGCAAUGUACUGUUUAGAAUAAAUAAAUAGAUUUAAAUAGGCAGAAUUUUGGUCAUAACAGUCUGUCUAUAGCAGCAGUUAGGAUAACAGUCAUUAUCACGAAACUGUAUCUCUUGAGAAAUAUUCUGGGACGUGGAAAAUAUAGCCUGUUCAGGCGUUCAACUUGAAAAAAGUAAUGAUAAAAAUCAAUAAAUAGAAACGUUUAGCUGGUCUUGGAUCCCGGAUUCCAGAUACUAGAUUCAGGAUUCCAACUCAGUGAAUUCUGGAUUUAAAAAAGGGCUGAAUUCCAGAUUGUAAUCGUUAGCAGGAUUCCGGAUUCCAAUCUGGAUUCUGGGUUCCAAAUUUCAUUCAUUCCGGAGUUCCCGAGCAAAAGCUUACCCUCACCGAUUACGUUCAAUGGUGCCAGGCUAACAAAGUUUUUUGUUUUCUUUCCCAAAUUUGUUAUUUAUACGAAUUCAACCGUUGCUAUUUCUUUAUCUGCUUCCUUUUAUUGUAGAUGGUCUUUUGGAGUUGUUUUGUGGGAACUAGCCACCAUGGGUAAGCUGGUAUUUUUAAAAACCUUUGUAUAUUUACGCACGUAAAUUUUACGUGCGUGAAUAAAAUAGAGCCAAUGUAUGGAAGGUCGCACAUAAACGUAUAUUUUGAGUUGAAUCUCGCUCAAUACCGACGCUUACGCGCGACCUCUCAAAUAUGUACAUUCAGCACAUUGCCUCUAUUAAACUUACGUGCGUACACAACGUGCGUACGCACGGCGUAACAAUUACGCGACAGUGGAAAUCCACCCUGAUCGAUUUCCGCCGCUCUCUCCGGUCCGGUCUUAUUUCUUUCCGCACCCCGAGAAAAGACUUUCGUAAGGAGGAGCGCGGGCCAAUAAUAAUCAAGCCAAUUAGUUAUUAAGGUUGUUCAAAAGGGGGAUAGCGCUAUUCAAUUAUGGACAAAUCGUUUUCCAGUGGAUAAGUAUUAGAGAAACCAAUUGUAAACUUGUACAUUUCGUUAUUUUCUUCCCCCUCCUAAGCUGACAAAUUGAAAAUAUAGUACAAAAAAGCCUUAUGAUCUUUGAUAAAACAGCAUUCAUCUUGAAAUUAUCAUUGUCAUUUCAGGGGGUACUCCAUACCCUGGGAUAACCCCCAUGAGGCUAUGCAGUUUACUUAAAUCUGGAUAUCGGAUGGAGAAACCCAACACGUGCAGCGAUGAAAUGUAAGUCAGAAUAGAAACAAUAAAAGACGUCCGAAAAGAGGGCACGAUGAAGAAAUCUUUACGCGGUCCUUCAAACAGUUUUUUUUUCUUUAUCGAUUAUUGUCAGCCUCUUCAAAGGAGUGGAAAGUACAGCACGCCUCUUUCCUUUACGUUUCCCCAUUCUAAAAAAAGCCUAGAACAUAAGUGUCUCCAAUAUUAAAAGUAAAUGGAAACAUGAUAUCUUUGUGUGGUAGUAUUUUAAAACAAUGGCUUCCACUCUCAACAGAUACAAACUGAUGAUGGACUGCUGGAAGGAUGAUCCAAAUGAACGACCCUCAUUCUCUCAACUGAUUCCAAUACUAGAAGAGAUGAUGACAGAAGAUACCCCUUAUUAU